CGUUCCAUAUUUUAGGGCUAAUGGCGAGGCCGCUAGAAUCGUCGACGCCCUCGCGGCGAUCAUCUGGCGAUCCAUGCAAGGCGGCGCGGAGCGCCUACGAUCGAUGCUUCAAUCGGUGGUAUCUUGAGACGUACGUGAAGAAGAUGGAGCCGUGGAAGAAGGAGGAUUGCGGCGCCGAGUGGGAGGAGUAUCAGGCGUGCUUCACCAAGCGGCUGGAGGGGACGAAGAUCGAGCAGCUUGUGAAGAAGGAGCGCGAUGCGUUGAUGCGGCAAAGCGAGUGAGUGAUCGAUCCAUCCAGCAUUUCUUUUGGUUCUUGAGCGAUCCAGGGUUUAAGUUUCGCAUUGCAAGGGCGAGAGUUUUCUUUUGGUU